AUGGCUGAACCUAAAAGCGAGGUCCCGGAUCCCGGGGCCGGCGCGGCACCUGCCCCGGUGCCCCUACCCGGACACGAGAAUCUCGUCCUCCCGCUGCGGGAGACCGCUCCGGCAGAGCCCUACAGCAUCUUUACUCGCAAAGAGAAGUGGUUCAUCGUUGCAAUGGUCGCCGUCGCAGGUUUCUAUAGCCCUCUGCCAGCAAACAUCUAUCUUCCCGCUAUUCCCAAACUAUCUGAAGCCUUUGGAGAGUCUGUGGAGCUUCUCAAUCUCACAGUGACAGCCUUCCUUGCGACUCAGGGCGUCUGUAAGUAA